AGUUAGUGUUAGAGUUAGAGUUAGUAUCAGUGUUAGUGUUAGAGUUAGUGUUAGUGUUAAAGUUAGUGUGUGGUGGUCAUCGUGGUUGUGGUCAUCGUGGUCAUCGUGGUCAUCGUGGUGGUCACCAUGUCCAGACGAUGUGAGGAGGACUUGACGUGUCCCACCUGCAUGGGCAUCUUCAAAGACCCGGUCCUCCUGUCGUGCGGUCACAGCUUCUGUAAGAGCUGUCUGCACCGCUGGUGGACGGUCAAACGGACCCGCGAGUGUCCGGUGUGCAGAACCCAGUCCCAGUCCAGGAACCCGCCACCGAACCUGGCCCUGAAGAACCUGUGCGAGAGCUUCGUCCUGGAGCGAGACCAGAAGGCGUCGGAGGCUGAGGAGGGUCUGCAGGAGCUGAAGGACAAGCUGAAGACCCUGAAAGACCGGCUGAAGGUCCUGAAGGAGGCCAGGCAGGAGUACGACCGGGUGACGGAACACAUCAAGAACCAGGUGAGGAGCACGGAGAAGCAGAUCAAGACCCAGUUCAAGAAGCUCCACCGGUUCCUGGAGGAGGAGGAGGAGUCCCGGAUCCGAGCCCUGAGGGACGAGGAGGAGCGCAAGACCCAGGGGGUGAAGGACAAGAUGGAGGCGCUGAGCAGGGAGGUGGCGGCGCUGUCCGAGACCGUCCGGGCCGUAGAGGACGAGCUGGGGGACGGAGACGCGUCCCUCCUGCUCCAGUCCAAAGCGGCGGUGGACAGGAUGCAGCGGCGCCCCCUGCUGGACCCCCUGCAGCUGCGCUCCGCCGCCCUCAUCGACCAGGCCUCGCACCUGGGCAACCUGGCCUUCAACGUCUGGGUCAAGAUGAAGGACGCCGUGUCCUACAGCCCCGUGGUUCUGGACCCCAACUCGGCCGGGUCUCUGCUCAGCAUGUCCGAAGACCUGACCCGGAUCACAGAGGCCGACCUGCAGCUGGUCCCGGACACCGCUGACCGCCUCACCUUCUUCUCCGUCCUGGGCUCCGAGGGCCUGGACUCCGGCUCUCACAGCUGGGACGUCCAGGUCGGGGACAGUCGGUGCUGGGGACUGGGUCUGAUGACCAAGUCCGGACCGGGUCAGGACCUGCGGGAAUCCGAGUCCUGGAGGCUGGUCAACGGCUUGUUUGGACUCACGGCGUUCUCGCCGUCGUAUGAAGCCACCAAACUCCCCGAGAUGCAGAACCUGCAGAGGGUCCGGGUCCAUCUGGACUGGGACGCCGGACGCUUGACCUUUACUGACCCCGACACCGACACACAAAUACACGCCAUCGCACACACCUUCACCGACAAACUGUUCCCGUACUUUUACAACUGGGACGAACGCAGCGUGAGGAUCCUCCCAGGAAGUGUUUCUGUCCACGUCCGAGGACACGUUUAAGACUUUUAUUAGAAAAGAACAAAAAAACACAACAUGAAGCAAAAACAUUCAGUUCAGUCAGUGAAUGCAUCGUCUGAGGCGGAAAAGAAAGGAAUAAUAAUAAAGGAAAAUCUCAACAACACUGGAUUCACAGGACAAACAGGAAAAACAAAAAACACAAGGAAAACUAUACAAAAAAAGUCCAAACCGUCUGUUUUUGUAGUGAGUCAGUCUCAUUAGUCUCUUUUCCAUUGACCCUCUAAUUGCGUGAAUAUAACUUGUGCAUAAAAAUUUACCUUCUGGAAAAAUGACAAUUUCACCAAAACUCUCGUUUUUC